CCUCCCUCUGCCAUGUUUGUGCCGUCGUCGUGGGGAGAGACUGCUACUGUAUAGACGCUAUUUCACACUACUCCGUUUUUUAACUAUCAUAAUGUUGACGUUCUGAGUAUUAAAUGCACCCACUGCUUCCGUAAACCUUAAGUGGUUGGGCUUUGCACAAUGGCAGCCGACGCUCAGGACUUUGACUUUGAUGAGUAUGACAAACCUGGUGCUGAGCGUUCCCGCAGAAGAAGGGGUGAAGAUGCUCUGGAGAGUGAUUUGGAAGAGGAUUUGUUGGAGGAAGACUGGCUGUCUGCUAAAAAGAAUCCUUCAGAAAUGUCAGAUGAAGAGCUAAAUGAUGACCUUCUUCAAAGUGACGAUGACGACCUGAACAUGAGUGGUCAACAUGCUACAUACAGCAUGGGAGCUUCCUAUAACCAGCAGGGCAACUUGCGGGAAGCAGACUACACAGAUGAUGUCGUGAAUCUGGGUGCAGAGGGCUGCGAAGAGGAAGAGGAGUUCCGCCAAGAAGAAGAUGCAUAUGCAGAAUCCUACAACCAGGAGGACAACACAGAGAUGUCUGAGAACCAAAUUGAUUAUGCCGGAGAGCCAGCUGAGGGUGACGAUGGCUACCAGUAUGAAGUGCUAGACAUCGACAUCAACGAGCCAUUAGACGGUGAAUUUCAAAAUGAGGAAUUUCAAAGAUCCAAUGGCAAUGAAGCAGAAACGACUCAGGAGGAAGAUGCUGAAGAGGGGAGAGGAGUAGAGCAGCAAGAAGAAGACGCUACAGAGGAACUUCCAGUCUAUGAGACAGAGGAGGGUGGGAAUAAGACUCUUCUUGAGGAUGAAACGCAGGAGGAGUCUGAUGAAGAGGAUGAAGAAGGCGCAGAAUCUGGCAGAAUACGGUUUAAAUCUGAGAGGAAGGAUGGCGCUGUUGUGCGCCUCGCGGAUUCUGGCAGUAAAAAAAGGCACAUCCCUGAAACUCUAGAGCUUUCAGACAAGGCCAAGAAAGACUUGAUGGAGUUUGAGGUGCAGGAACGGCAGAAGAGACAAAACCGUCACGGAGGCCGAGGCAGAGGAGCAGGAAUGGGAGGAGGGGGGCGAGGAGGCAGAGGAAGAGGAGGUUUCUCUGGCUUUGGAAUGGCAGAUUUUAGAGGAGGACAAAGAAGAAAAAUGCAUGACCAAAUGCUGCCCCUGAUGGGAAACAUGAGCAUACAGCCGUCCUCUCGAAUGCCUUCCCCGCAUCAGCAGCAUCUGCAGUCCCAUCAGCACCACCCUUCGCGUCCAAGAGGACCACUUCCCUUCCAGGAGCACGGACGCCCCAUUCCCCAGCAGGCUCUUCAGCCGCUGCUCCCCUCUCACCUGGCUCAUCGCUCCCCACCGCUACGACCCCAGCUGGAACAACCCCCACCUCGAAUGAUGAGUUCCCUGCCGCCUAGUUUCCCUCAGCAUCACCAGCAACAGCCCACUCAACCCAAAAACAUCCACAUUAACCCCCACUUCAGAGGACCUGCACAGACCUCUGUACAAAUGCCCUUGAUGCCUCCUGCUCAGAGCCAGUCCAGACCUGCUGUGGGUCCUCAGAGGUUUCCUGGCCUGGGAGACUUCCAGCAGCACAUGCCGGGUAAUUUUGGUCCACCCCAGCGACUGCCUCAUCACAUGGAGCCCUUAAGGAACCAGCCACCUCAGGGCCCUCAGGACAGGGAGCCUCUCUUUAUAGGAGAGUGUGGAGAGUCAUCACGGUUUCCAGGUCAGUGCAUGUUUGAUCACCCAGGGCCUGGCUCUUUGAUGAACAGCGGCAGCAACCUCCACCACCACCAGCAGCAGCUGCCCGGCCAGGCCCACAUGGGCUUCGGCCCUCCUGGAGCGCCCUUCAACCAGCCAGGCCAGGGCCCGUUAGGACUGUUCCAGAGAGAACCCCCGAGACCCAAUCUCCCUCCCCACCAAGGCCACCAGGGGAUGGCGAACCUGAAUCAACAAGGUGGUCCCCCAAACCAGCCCCGGCCUUUCAUGAGCCCUCGGCAGCCAUUCGGCCAGCAGGGCAACAUGUUCCCCCCUCCACCAGUUCAGUUUGGGAUGCAGGUACAACGAAGAGGCUUGAUGCCUUCCCCUCCUGUCUCCCAGCUGCCACAUCAUGAUCCUUUAUCUCCCCAUCCCAUACAUCAGCAGCAGCAGCAGCACCACCACCAUAGGCAAGAGAUGCCCCAUCAACAGCACCAACAGAUAAAUCUCAAUGAGCCUCGCUCCAUGACACAUCAUGGUCAAAAUCCUUUCCAUCAGCAGCAGGGGCAUGGUGGCCCCAGGCACAUGAAUCCCCGUUCUCAGAACCCCCCACAGAGGAACAUGCCAAACAGGCAGAGAAUGAACACGCCCAUCUCCAAGCAAAUGCAGCACCGCAACAGUAACCUACGGGAGCUCCCUGUAGCACCUGCUAACACAAACAUGAACAGUUCCUCCCCCGCUGCCAGCAUCAAUCCUGUUGCCAGGACAACGCCGGGAACGCGUCCGGGGCAGAACACUCAGCCGACGUAUGGCGGUGGCAGAGGAAGAGGCCAAGCUGCGAAGACUGAACCACAGGCUGGGGAAGCAGGCAGGGUGGUGACUCAACAACAGGAAACUCCAAACAUACCGUACAGCUCAAUACCACAGGACCCUGACGAAGAUGAGGAGACGCGGCAGUACCGUCUGAAGAUCGAGGAGCAGAAGCGUCUGAGAGAGGAGAUCCUGAAGAGGAAGGAACUGCGGCGGCAAAUGCAGGCUGGUGUCAGGAAGAAGGAGCUGCUGGAGAGACUUAACGCUCAGACAAGCACACAAAACCAGGACUCUACUCCUACACAGACUCAACCUUCACUACCAAAUCAACAAAAGCAACACCCUGUACCACAGCAGCAACAGCAGCAGCAGCAGCAGCAGCAAGAACAAAACCUGCAACAGCUACAGGCUCACCAGCAGCAGAGGCCAGUUCCUCAGAGACCACAACAGUCAGUAAAUCACACAUUAACUAAUCCUAAUCAGGACAGUGCCAUGCCUCCUAGCAUUCCUGCCCUGAUCCCUGUCCCACGCCCCAACGUCAAGUCACGCCUACAGAUGGUAAAAGGGAGCCCACAGGAGCAGCAGACCCCUGGCUCAGGCCCUGAGCAGCAGUGGAAGCAACCCCAACAGAACCAGCAGCAGCAGCAACAACAGCAGCAGCAGCAGGAGCCACUUCUGCUGCAACAAAGAAGAAACAGCUCUUUGCAGAGUGCAAACAAACCGGGCGCUCAAGUUCCUCAAAAGAACACCCCUCUUUCAGUGAGGCAAGGCCCAGCUCAGACUCUAGGACCUAAACCUGGGGCGAAAAGAACUGUGAUGCAGCGAGUGAAAAAUUCAGGUGUGGAAGCCCAGCAGGUGCCACAGAAAGUCAGAGUCGUCAAACUUUCAGGACCGAGUGGAAAGGGGCCCGAGGCAACCAGCAGCCCAGCGCAGCAGCAAGGCACCUGGCAAGCACCUCCACUCAACCAGAGCAUCCAGAGGAAGGUGACCAUGAUGGGACAGCAGCAAGCGGGACCAGGUGGAACACCGCAGGCUAGCCGUGGGGGCUCGGGAGACGCACAGCAAAGCAGGGUUGUCGUAUCGGGCCGGGGUCGAGGUAGAGGGACCGGUCCGAUGGGACGGGGUCACCCACUACCCACUAGGCAGAGCCAGAGAGGAGCAGAGAAAGAACACAGCACUGUGUGCAUCGAGGGCCUCUCCACAUCUACCACUGAGUUUCAGCUUAAGAACCUCCUCAUGUCUAUCGGCCCUAUAGAGAUGUUCAAAAUGAUGCCGCAGCAGAGAAAAGCUAUUGCCAAAUUUUCCAACCCCCAGCAUGCUGCGAGUUUCCAAAUGAGCUUCCAUAGGCACAUGAUUGAUUUGUCCCACAUUGAUGUGUCGCUGACUGAUGGCUGAGGAGCUCAGCAAAUCCACCAAAGGGUCUCUUUCUCCUGCUGUGGUGGGAGUCUCUUGUGCAAAGCUCUGCUCCACGUGGAUACAGGAUUAUUUCUUCAACGCACUCAUCGUCUCGCCACAGAUUUCAUCAUUCGUCUCCCUCCAGUUUGGACAUGUGAACACAAAGACAGUAGCUGUGUGCAUGCAUGUGUUUGAUUCUGCCUGCCAAGUGGCUGUAGUUUUAAAAUAGCAUUGUAGAGACACUAAACAGUGAAUCAUCCCUCGAUGUUUGAACUUUCUUUUUUUCCCCCUAUCUCAAAAGGACAUGGUAAAAUCUAUCAUGGGACAAUUAAUGGUUGCUACCCUCUUCAUUGAGUUAUCUAUAAUAAACUUAAAAAGUCACUUGAUUAUCAUUCAGUUUAAACACCUCAUAGUAUGUUUAUUUUAUACUACGGUUUCAUGCAGGGAGAAGUUUGUGGUGUCAUUUUUACUCCCUCGCUGUAGAUGGCAGCAUUUUAUCUCUUUCGUUGCAUUGUUGGUUUCAGCCUAAGCUUAUCCUCAUGUUGGUUUUUUGGCCAAUGGCGCCAUCUAGUGGGGAUGUUUCAUGCAGGGACAGAAGGGACAUGGAUGCUGAUGGGAUGUUUAUUAUAGCAGCAGCUGAAGUCAGAGAUCCUUAGAUGAUUUAGUUUUCAGAAUGCCAAGCACUCUGAAGAGUUUGUAAAUACUGUUUAGCCUUUCUGGUUCUCCUCAGAGUCCUCUGGAUUUAAAGGUUAAAGAAUUUCUGUUUUUUUUGUUCUGAAUGUAAUUCAGUCUUUUAGCUGUUGACUGUAAGGCAUUGGAGAUAAAUGUUUUCUUUUGACAUGCAGUUUGUUUGUUUGUCAGAUUAUGUACUUGUCAAAAGUUCAGAGCUGUACCAAAAAUAGAAAGUUUAUUAUUAUCAAAGUGACUUGAUUUCUUAUAGUUGGCAAGUUCCAUAUUUAGAAUAUUUUUUUAAAAAUUACUUUGGGAGAGAAACUGCUUUCAUUCAUUCCUUAUUCUUUUUUUAAGCCAGAGAAAGGAUCUAAGAUUUUGAAGUCAUCUGAUUGGUUGGUGCCUUAUAACUGAGCAGGGUGGUUUACUUGGAUUUGAAAUCAUUGUCACUGCUUAACACUAUUAGUAUUAGUUAGAAGAACAGUCAAAGAAAUUUAACUGAAAACCUUGUACUAUAAAUUGAAUUCACACAAACACUCAUCUGAACAUGCUGAAGUAGUUCAGUUAAAAGCUAUUGGGGAAAUUACCCAGAUUUCUCCAUUACUUAUUAUGAUACAUAUUUUUCCAAGUUUUUCUGUCUUUUUAUAUAGUAAUACGUAAAUCAGUGAUAAACGGGGUUUCUGUGACAUUUCAAUUGACAUUUAAACUCAUUUCAUCUCCCUUUUUUUCUCCACUACAUUUUUUAUGUAUUCCACAAAAAUAUCACUGACGUUGGUGACAUUUAAAUAUUAUUCGUAGUAAAUGUUGAGGGAGCAACCAUUAAACUUCUAGUGGUCCUGUAUACAAGUAAACAAGACAUUUUGCUCUUAAUUUAUCCUUUUUGACUAUUUCUUUCCUUUCCUUGUGUUAGUCAAGUUGUAACAAGUUAGUUUUUUUAUAUGUAAAAGCUGAGCUAAUUUGUCCUGAGAGAAAUCCUUUUUACAAGUGGUGUGUUUCUAUUUUAGAGUCACAACGAGAAUUGAAAUUUCUGUUCAUGAGUGAAAAAACAACAACAAACGUUUAAAGGAAAACAACAACAGAAAAAUGCUAAUAAAAACAUGGCCAAUAUACCGUAAACAUGCUGGUAUGUGAAGCCGGUCAAACUUUAGCUCAACGAUGUGUGCUUGGUUAUGUGUGACGUUCGUGUGUCUGGUGCCUUUAUGACAACGUCUAUUUAAAUGUGUGUUAUAUUUUAAUCUUUGGUACUUCACAGAAGCUGUGAGUUUGUGGGUAUUCACCAACUCAGGAUUAAACCAUUUCUAAAAAUAUUCCUUAGGUUUAAAUAUUUAAGAGGUAGGCCUAAAAACAUGCGACCUCAUAGUCCAUUUUUGCACUGAUUUUAUCAGGAAUAUUAAACAUUUUAACAUUCAGAUUUUACCGUGGUGACAUCCUGAUGUGCAGCCUCAUAAAACAAAGUCUGCAUAAUUUUACUGUGGUAUAAUUUAGAUGAAAUAAGGAUAGAGGAAAAAUUGGAGUAUUAAAUAUGGAUGUUGGAUAGUUUGAUAAAACUUUCCCUUGGCUGCUUAUCUGGAUGACACCCCAAAUGAAGAUCCUAAUUUUGUGUCUUAAGCUGCAAUCUUGUUGUUUACAAGUUCUUGUUUACAUCUGACCAUUCUGCAUGUGUCACAAACGUUUUUAGUGAUAUUUCCUUAAUAAUUUGGGUUUAAUUUAAAUAAUUUAUUUAAAGAAGCUGCACAUUCAUGAAGUUACUGCACUAAGAUAUUAGUAACUGAAGGUAUGAAGCAAUAUGUUACUAAUUCCCUCUUGUAAACAAGAGGUUUUGCAUUUAAGUUAUACUUUGUGUCUGAACUGACUUCAGCAUGUUUCAUUCUCUUUGAUUUAAGUUGAGCUAUUUUAAGAGAUUUUUUCUUUAUAUGUUUCAUGUUCCUGUGUUUUAAGUUGUUGAUUUUUCUUAAGGUAUUAGUAAAUCCUGUGGAUUUGGAAGAAGUAUCAGCAAUGCUGCUCAUAAUGACAAUAUUAUAAGACAUUAUGUCUUUAUAAUUCCAAACACAGAUUCACGUUGAAUCUUUUGUACUUUACAGUGAAGAAUUACUUGCAUACAAACUGUGAAUAGUUGAACAUUAUGCAGUAAUUUUGCAUAUUAACGAAAUAUUGCAGUGAGCUGUUUAACUAGCAGCAACUGUUUCUUAUCAGACCACAUGUGGUAACAUAUUUUUUUUUUGUUUAUUUUUUUCCUCUUAUUUUUUAUUAAGAAGUUCUAUCAAUCUAUUAAUUGAUAAUCAGAAGGUUUAUGCCAGCUUUGAUCAAAAAUGUAAUGUAGUUGGAUGCUCAGAACCACUAAUGUAUUGCUGUUUGUUUUUGUAUUAGGCCUCGGGAUCCAGAUGAUAUGAAGAUCUGCUGUAAUCUUCAUAUUAAUGUUCUUUUAUGUUUUUUUCCCCAGAUCGAUCCCAUCCAUUAAAGACGCACUUAUUGUGGUUUAAGCCUGAGUGACCAUAUAAAUGGCCUAGCAUGUAGUUAAAUGUAUUUUUCCUUGCUAGUUCAGCAUACUCGUAUUUAAAGUAGAUGAUUUAAUAGAGUUGCAAACAUGAAUCAUUUAAAAGUGGCAAUGUUUCAGUUCUGUAACACAGGAUUUUACUAUUUAAACAAAGGUGGACUUUUUAAACUGCUAUGCUGUAUUGGCCAUUAGCGUGGUUAGUAAAAAUUGUAGCAUUUGUGUGUUCCCUUGAUAAUUCAGUUCCCUACCUGAACUAUGAUUUGCUAAACAGAACCAACAUUUUCAAAUCCAGUAUGUUCCCUAACAAUCCCAAGUUGAUAGUUCUAAUGAGUGAAAUGGAAUAUCUUUGCUGUACUCUAUCAAGCCUUCGUGUUAUCUGAUGAAAGUUAUGCUCUUUUUCACUCUUGUGCUGCCUCAAUGUAGCUCAGACAUUUGUCAAUAUGCUGUGGAAAAUAGUUUCCUUUUAAAUAUCUUCUUAACGUUUCUUUGCUUCUCCUGACUUCAUCUUGCUGAUGCUGAACAUAGUUGCUUAGUCUUUGUCUUCUUCUUUCAGUAACAACUUUAACACUGAAGAGUACUCUUGCUAUCACAAGCAGCAUAGGCAGGCCUAACUGAAAAUGUCCAGUUGUUUAUUCUGAUCAUAAACGGAUUUUCCUUUGGUCAUUUCUAUUAUUUAGUCAAUACAACUACAUGUUAGGAUUAUUUGUGGAUUUGUUUUUGUCUGUGUAAUAUUUAAAAAUCUGAUAUUACUCUUAAAAUUAGAGUAAGAUCAGAUUGUUUCUGUUGUUUUUUUUGUAUUAAGGGAAAUUGCACAAAAGAGGAAGUUGAAGCUCAUAAAACCUAUUCAAAUUCAAUUCAAACAUGAUAUUUUUUAUUUCAAACAUGAUAGCAAUAUAAAGUAAAAAAUUGUUUUGUUUCACUGGAGGUACGUGUUAAUUUUACUUGUGUUCUAAAACCCCCUUGCUUUUCUUCAAGGCCUUGUUUUUUUAGAAUUAAACCAGUAGAUUUGCUUUAUCAAAAGAAUGCAAUACGUUUGUUUCUUUAAUUUUGGUUUCUGUCAGUCUCUGUUCCAUGCCUCUGAACAUAGGCUUGUCUUGUACAAACUUUAUAAUCGGUUUUUAGACUUUGUUGAUCCCUGUAAACCUAACAUAAUUAACUUUUUUUUUCUUUUUUUUCCCGUUCAGUUUUAUUUUUUUAUUGUAUGUAGUCAGGUCUUCUCUGUGACAUUCCUAGUCUUUGGUAUGAUCCACUUCUUGUACUGUUUUAGUCACACAGGCUAAUAAGUUUUGCAUUUAGUACUGUCUGUAAUGUCUGAAUUAAAUCCAUGCACUUUAUCUUCAACAGAAUAAUGGUGAUCUGAGCACUUUGAUGGGCCAAGGACACUCCUGUCUCAUUAAUGCUGCUUCAUAUGCUUAACACUCAGGUUUUCUUUCAGCUGUUCAGUUCCUGGGCUCAGAAUGAAGGUUUUAUGUUGACCUUUUUUCCCUGAACAGCUGCAGCUGAUCUUUGGUUGCUGCCUCUUCUUUCCUUUGCUCUUCCACUUACUUACGGCACACAAACUUGACCAUUUCUCAUCUUUCCUUCCACACCUCUGUUGAGUGAAUUGCAGCAGGUUGGCCUCCCUGGAUUACCAUUGUUUGUUAGCCCUGUGGAUGGAGGUUUCCACUUAUGUGACGACUUCUGGGCUCGCAGAGCAGACACGUUACUCUAAAGAGAGCCGCUUUAUGGCUUUCUCUGCACCAAAGGGUCCUCCAAGCUUCUUGACUAUCACUGUUUGGUCAAACUCUUUAAGAAGCCACUAUGGACUCCUGAUGUCAAACUGUAUGUUGCAUCAAACAGUGACUAAAGAAAUCCAACAUGUUGGAGUCUUGAUGGAAAAUGUUAACAAAGCAUCGUGUUGUGUCUUUACACCCUUGAGUGAUAUUUCAAAUGUGAAAUGAUCAGGAUUAUGUCUGAAAUUAUUGUUCCAUUUGUUCUGAUGCUGUGAAUGUGGAAAAUCUUCUACAAUUAUGUACAUUUGAACUUGCAAAAUGUUUCUAUAAAGUUCUGAUUUGUUACAUUGGAAAGCAAAGAUGGAAAAUAAACUACUUGACACAGCAAA